CUGCUCAGUUGUAGUUCAACCGUCGUUACCAACGCAAGUCACCAGUCACGCUUCUACUCGUAUAGUAUCCACCGAUCAUUAGAAAUUAAACAAACACAAUGUCGCUACUAACGGGCAGCGCCAACGCGAUCAAAUACACGCUAUAUGGAUUUAAUCUGAUAUUUUUGUUGACUGGCAUCAUACUUAUUGCGGUUGGUGUCGGCGUUGGCGCCGUUUACACUGGCUAUGAAUUGUUCCUUGUUGGAAAGUUCUUCUCCAUACCCACAUUCCUGAUUGUAAUCGGUUCGUUCAUCAUUGUGAUUGCGUUCUUUGGCUGCUGGGGUGCUCUGAAGGAGAACUACUGCCUGGUGCUGAGCUUCUCGGUUAUGCUGGGCAUUAUCUUCAUCCUGGAACUAUCUGCUGGCAUUAGUGGCUAUGUUCUGCGGAAUGAUGCCUACGACUUGAUAUCGAAACAACUAAGCUCCACUCUAAAAGAUUACAGCAACACCACGCAGAGUGACACAACCGCCCUUUGGGACAGUAUCCAAAGAGAUUUCGACUGCUGUGGAGUCACAAACUACACCGAUUGGAGGGACGUGUUCGACUCGGACCAGUUGCCCCUUUCCUGCUGUACCAUACCUGUGGGCACAAUCGGCACCUUCACUUGCGAUGACACGAUCACGAACUUGAACCGCAACAAAGGCGGCGGCUGCUUGGGUGGCUUCUCAUUGGAAAUUGCCGCACAUGCUGUGAGCCUGGGAGCGGCAGGUGUUGUCAUUGCCGUGAUACAGUUCUUUGGCGUCAUCUUUGCUUGUUAUAUCGCGCGAGAGAUAAAGAUUCGCAACGGCAUUACGGGCUUUAUGUAAUCGGGGCCUAGUUUAAUGUUAGUCGUGGAACAAAUGGAUGAAAUUCAACGCUUAAAUUCUUUCUUUGUAGUAUCCCUGUGAAUUUUCGUGCUAAAUUAUAUUAAUUAUGAAUUAUUUCAAUACUAAUAAAUGCAAUUUAGCUUUAA